UCCCCGUUCCUCUCCAACUCCUCGUCAGUGUGUCAGAGACCGCCUGAGCGCGCACACACGCACGCUGCCAUCCCCUGUCCUCCUCUACCUCACUCUUCCUCACGCACACCUAAACACGCAGUUCCACACAAACACUUCUUGUCGGACCCGGGAGGAGAGGAGUGAAAGAGAAGAAGUGUGAACUCCAACUUGUCCGAUUCUUGCGUUCACCAAUGCGCGGAUUUUAUUCUGUUUCCCGCAGACGUUGUCGGAAAGCCACCAUCAGGACCAGACUGGAGUAUGUAAAGUAAUCUUUUUCAGGACAGUGCAGCGCAAAACGAGAACAGAAAGAGGAGAAGAGAUGGAUGAACGGAGUAAUUGUCGCGCUUUGCCGACAGCUUUACUCUGCUUGGUACUUUUGGGAUAUACUGAAGGACAGUUCUUCCCAGGCGGCUGCACAUUCGAGGAGUCUUACAGCAGCUGUGGGUACAGCGUGUCUUUGGGGACCAACGGAUUUACCUGGGAACAGGUCAACUCCUGGGAAAAACCCACCAUGGACCCUGCCCUGCCUACCGGUUCCUUUAUGGUUGUGAAUGCUUCAGGUCGUGCGUCCGGACAGAAGGCUCACCUGUACAUGCCCACCCUGAAGGAGAACGACACCCACUGCAUCGACUUCCUGUACUCCCUGUCCAGUCGGGACGGAGCGAGCCCGGGGACGCUAAACGUCUACAUCAAGGUAAACGGAGGCGCUCAAGGUAACCCCGUUUGGAACGCCUCGGAUACGGUCACUGAAGGCUGGGUGAAGGCUGAGCUGGCCAUUUCCACAUUCUGGCCCAACUCCUAUCAGGUAAUAUUCGAGGCCGUUUCAGUCCAAGGCCAUCCGGGUUUCAUCGCCAUCGAUGACAUACGAGUUCUGGCUCACCCCUGCCGUAAAGCUCCUCAUUUCUUGCGGCUGCAGAACGUGGAGGUGAACGUGGGGCAAAACGCUACGUUUCAGUGUACUGCCGGAGGGAAGUGGUCUCAGCAUGAUAAACUCUGGCUGCAGCAGUGGAACGGGAAGGACACGGCGCUGAUGGUGACCAGGGUGGUCAACCACCGACGCUUCUCUGCCACGGUGAGCGUGGGCGACACGUCGCAGCGCAGCACCAGCCGCUAUCGCUGCGUCAUCCGCUCCGACGGCGGGUCGGGAGUCUCCAACUACGCCGACCUGAUCGUUAAAGCCCCGCCCACUCCCAUCGCUCCCCCGGAGCUUCUCGCCGUUGGCGCCACCUACCUGUGGAUCAAGCCCAACGCCAACAGCAUCAUCGGAGAUGGGCCGAUCAUCCUGAAGGAGGUGGAGUACCGCACCACCACCGGAAACUGGGCAGAGACCCAUGUGGUUGACGCCCCCACCUACAAGUUAUGGCACCUGGACCCGGACGUGGAGUACGAGAUCAAGGUCCUGCUGUCCAGGCCGGGAGAAGGAGGGACGGGCCCACCGGGGCCUCCACUCAUAACCAGAACCAAAUGUGCAGUGCCCGGCUCGGUGCCGAUGGAAUCGCUGCAGAAUACUCCGUAUGAGGAGAAGAUCUUCAUGCAGUGGAAAGCUCCCAACGAGACCAACGGAGUCAUCACGCUGUAUGAGAUCACGUACAAGGCCCUGAGCUCCCUGGAUCCCAGCGCUGACCUGACUACCCAGAGGGGACGAGUGUUCAAGUUGAGGAAUGAGACCCAUCACCUGUUUGUCAGCCUUUACCCUGGAACCACCUACUUCUUCACCCUUAAAGCCUCCACCAACAAGGGCUUCGGACCGCCGGUCACCACCCGCAUAACCACAAAGAUAGCAGCUCCCAUGAUGCCUGAGUACGAAUCAGAAACUGCGCUCAAUGAGACGGAGACAACCAUCACCAUCCUGUUGAAGCCUGCCCAGUCCAGAGGAGCUCCAAUCAGCUCCUACCAGCUCGUUGUGAAGGAAGAGCGCAAGUCUAAAACUCGCCGCGCUGCCUCUGAAGCCCCGGAGUGUUUUUCUGCCCCUUUCAGCUUCCGUAACGCCUCCAUCCUGAACUCUGCGUACUACUUCGCCGCCGACCUGCCCCCCUCCAGCCUCACGGUGGUCCAGCCAUUCACAGUGGGGGACAAUAAGAGCUACGGCGGCUUCUGGAACCCUCCGCUCUCCCCUGCCAAGAGCUACAGCAUCUACUUCCAGGCUCUGAGCAGAGCCAACGGGGAAACCAAAAUCAACUGCGUCCGUCUGGCUCGCAAAGUGGUAAUAGGUAGGGGACAAAUAACAACGCCGUACAUUCUAGUCAUCCCAAGCGAAGGCGCAUCCACCCAAGAUUCAGACGCCAUGGAGCCGGAGAAGCAGGUCGAUGGCACGGUGAAAAUGGCUGGCGUGAUUGCAGGGAUCCUCAUGUUCAUCAUCAUCCUCCUUGGAGUCAUCCUCACCUUCAAGCGCAGAGAGAUUCACACAUGGAGAACUCUGAGCGUGGGAAGACAUGCUUAUUCCUACUCUUAUUACCUGAAGUUGGCCAAAAAGCAGAAGGAAACUGCGAGUAGCUCAACCCAGCAGAGGGAGAUGGGUCCGGUCACCACAGCCGACAAAAGCACCACUAAAGUGAGCACGCUGCACAAAGACGACCCCUUCUCCACCUCCAGCCCGGACCUCAAUGGAUUCACCUCCCCCUCCCCCUGCUCCUUCUCUGUGCAGGGAAGCAAGACGCUGCAGAGCAAAUCCUUGCUGAAUUCCUACUACUCAGUAUCCAAAGAGCCUGUUCCCGCCACAACUUCCAUAGAUGGUAGCCAGCCGUCUCUUGCCCAGCCAUCCUUGACAAUGCAGAGUUUUCCUUAUGGAGGCUGUGAGUCUGUGGAGCUCUCCUAUCAGAGUGGUCAGUUCCAGGCCGGCCAGUUUCAGCCAGCCAUCAGAGUUGCAGAUCUCCUGCAGCACAUCACACAGAUGAAAUGUGGACAGGGAUAUGGUUUUAAGGAGGAAUAUGAGGCCCUGGCGGAGGGACAGACAGCGCCAUGGGAGACGGCCAAGAAGGACGAGAAUCGCAACAAGAACCGCUACGGCAACAUCAUCGCAUAUCCCACAGACGAUCACACCAGAGUCCGACUGCAGCUGCUGGAUGGAGACCCCCACUCCGACUACAUCAACGCCAACUACAUUGAUGGGUAUCACAGGCCCAGACAUUACAUCGCAACACAAGGACCCAUGCAGGAAACAGUCAGGGAUUUCUGGAGGAUGGUUUGGCAGGAGAAUUCGGCCUCUAUCGUCAUGGUUACAAAUCUGGUGGAGGUGGGAAGGGUGAAAUGUGUCCGUUACUGGCCUGAUGAGACGGAGGUAUAUGGAGACAUCAAGGUGACCCUGAUUGAAACAGAGCCCCUGGCUGAAUAUGUCAUCCGGACAUUCACUGUCCAAAAGAAGGGCCAUCAUGAGAUCCGUGAACUUCGUCAGUUCCACUUCACCAGCUGGCCGGAUCACGGCGUUCCCUGCUACGCCACGGGACUGCUGGGCUUCAUACGGCAGGUCAAGUUCCUCAAUCCACCGGACGCCGGACCCAUAGCGGUGCACUGCAGCGCCGGUGCAGGGAGGACAGGUUGUUUCAUCGCUGUGGACAUCAUGCUGGACAUGGCAGAGAAUGAAGGAGUGGUGGACAUCUUUAACUGCAUCCGUGAGCUGAGGUCCCAACGAGUCAACAUGGUCCAGACGGAGGAGCAGUAUGUGUUUGUUCACGAUGCCAUCUUGGAAGCGUGUCUCUGUGGGAAUACGGCGAUUCCGGUGUGCGAGUUCAGAGCAGUGUACUACAACAUCAGCAGACUGGAUCCCCAGACCAACUCCAGCCAGAUUAAAGACGAGUUCCAGACGCUGAAUAUAGUGACGCCUAGAGUUCGCCCAGAGGACUGCAGUGUGGGUUUAUUACCCCGGAACCAUGACAAGAAUCGCAGUAUGGACGUUCUGUCUGCUGACCGAUGCCUGCCUUUUCUUAUAUCCGUGGACGGAGAGAGCUCCAACUACAUCAACGCUGCAUUAAUGGACAGUCACAAACAGCCAGCAGCCUUCAUCGUCACCCAGCAUCCUUUGCCAAACACCAUGGGCGACUUCUGGAGGCUGGUGUUUGACUACAACUGCUCCUCUAUCGUCAUGCUCAAUGAGAUGGAUGCAGCUCAGCUAUGUAUGCAGUACUGGCCCGAGAAGAACUCGUGCUGCUACGGUCCGAUUCAAGUGGAGUUCAUAUCAGCGGACAUAGACGAAGACAUCAUCAACCGAAUCUUCAGGAUCUGCAACAUGGCUCGGCCACAGGAUGGUUACCGCCUGGUGCAGCACUUUCAGUUCAUCGGCUGGCCCGCCUACAGGGACACGCCUCUUUCUAAGCGCUCCAUCCUCCAGUUGGUCAGGAGGUUGGCCAAGUGGCAGGAACAGUACGACGGAGGAGACGGGAGGACUGUGGUGCAUUGCCUAACUGGUGGGGGCCGUUCUGGAACGUUUUGUGCCAUCUGUAGCAUCAACGAGAUGAUCCAGCAGCAGAACAUUGUGGAUGUUUUCCACACCGUCAAGACACUGAGGAACAACAAGACAAACAUGGUGGAGACGAUGGAACAGUACAAGUUCUGCUACGAAGUGGCUCUAGAGGCUCUGAACUCCUUCUGAUGUGACGGAGGGCCAACGAGUCUUUGCUGCUGACGCUGCCUGUCUUUCUCAGAGCAACACUGAGACACACAAAGUGCAAAAAUGGCUUCAUGUUGAGCUGAACUCAACCUAAGAGUGUCUGUGUGCAUCGUUUGGUGGGCCUGUGACCUGUACAGAGGACGGAGAAAAAAAAUAACCAUGCACACAUAGUUUUGUGUGUGCGUUUGCUUCAGCGAGACAUUGAACUUUACAUGCUUGUAAAAAGAGAAAUUAUGUCCAAAAGAAGUUAAUAAGAUGUUUAAAAAAAAAGCCAAUUUUUUUUUGCUUUGUUUCCUCUCUCUUCUCUGCCAGGCUGUGAUGUGACUAAUGUACAGUAUUUCCUUUUUAGAUAUAUUCUACGCCUUGAAUGUUGUCUCCCUCUGAAGGCUCGAAGCACACUGGAAGAUUUUACACAACUAAAAACAGGUUUGAACAAAUAUAAUCUUCAAACUGCACCGAAGCUAAACCUACUAGGAAUUUUCUAUAGGAUAUUUGUACUUUGACCGAGACAAACUGUUAGAAAUGCAACAAAAAUAAAGUUGCAAAUCUCAAAGAAUUGCCAGUCCAGAUCAGAAGAGCAGGAGAACGUGGAUAAAACCGUCCUACCUUUGAAGGCCAAAGUAACUCUGACACCUUUCUCUGUCUGGAGCUGGGAAAUGAUGAAAAGUGAGUCUUCCAGUGUGCAUCCUCUGUUUCUGUAAAUAAGACAAGACAACCACAGUCAAACAAACAAACACCAGAACAGGAUUAUUUCCAAACACUGCAGCUCCAGAAGCUGUUUGUCAUUUUCAAUAAUUUAUAAUUUGGUGCAUUUUCUUGCAGCAAAGUGUACACCUGUACAUGUUGUGUGAAAAAAAGAAAGAUUUUUGUAUUUUGCAUUUUGCUUUUCUGGCCGCUGGUCCCAACAUUCUGAGCAGCUCCUGGGACAGAACCCAGGAUGUUAGAUUGUUAUUUUCGGUAAAAAACUAAGAUAGUAUCUUUUUUUUUUUUAAAGAACAUUGAAAUCCAAACCAUGUCUCCAUCCAACUCUUUCAGUGAUGUGUUUUUGCAUGUGUGGUCCUAUGAGCUUGGCUGGGCAAUAUUAGGGUGUGGAAAGGUGUAAAUAUGGAAAAGGUUAACCCUUUUCCCACUAUUUUUGCAAUGAGAGAUGGAUAUGAUCCGUUUGUUGAGGUACGUCCUCACCAGGUUUGAUCAGAAAUCAAUUUACUCUGUUAAGUGUCCUUGAUUUCCAUCCAACUACUAAGCCAUGCCCUAAGGUUUCAUUUUUGACUGUUUGCUUGUGUUUUAAAUCGUUAAAAUUAUGAAAAAUAUUGUUCAGAUUUAUUUUUCCUCUGUGAACAAUCACUGAGACAUCUGAGGAGAGCAGGUUUAAAAAUGAUCAGACGGGCAGAGAGGUAUUUUAGCCUGCAGUGUCAGAGAGCCCACAUGGGGAGGUGGUGGACCUAAUGAUAAUUUUUCAGCUGGCCUCAUCUGCUACCUCCCACUUAGUCAUGGGAGAGUGAAAGUACACCCUGUUUCUGUUCUAAGAUUUCACAAACCAGACAUAAAAAAAAUUAUCGUGUCUGUUCCAGGUUCUAAGAUCAUUGAAACAUACACACAAAUAUGUAAUAGUCACCAAAUGAUCAUAAUUUAUUCCACAAGAAUGAAGCAAAAUGGGUUCACUACCCUGAGGUCUGCUGUGCACUGGUCAGAGACAUUAGGAACAACCCAAGAGCUCAUCUCCAAUUUAUUUGUAAUUUGUGUUCUCCUUUAAAUUUCACAUGUGAAAUUAUUAGAAAUUAAGCAGCAGAUUUCCCAUUUAAACUCAUUACUUUAGAUGCAUUUCCAUGUUAUUUAAUCACAUUUGUUUUGGAGAGUAUGGGCGUGGCCAGGUGUUGGUUGUUCCUUUAGUGGACAGGUGGUGGAGCCUGUUUGUGGAAGUGGAAGCUGGCCUGGGCGUGGCCCCAAACAGUCUUUUGAAAGUCUCCUGUGGAUGUGAACCUUUUUUAAAACAUUGACCUGAAUGUGGAUUACCACAAAACCAUCUUUAACCUGGACCUCGUUAGAUGCACCAACAACCUGCCAUGUAAGUCUGGACGUUUCUUUUUUCUAAACCACUGGAGGACACACGUCAAGCUAAAGCUAAGAUCCAGGCUGCUCUAUGUGGCAACCGUUCAAGUUUGCCAUUAAAUUAUUAUUAAAAAAACAAACGCUUCCUACCAAUGAUGAUUUGGGCUUGUUUGGAACCCACAGGACAUCUGCACCCUGUAGUUAUUGAUUUGAAUGUUAACUACCAGCUCCAUGUACCAAAGUAUUCUAGAGUCAAACGAAAGCUCAUCUGUCUGACAGCUGAAAUGGGGUCACUAUAAGGACCAUGAUUUUUGUUGCUGCAAGACUUUGACUUCAUUAAAAUACUGUGAUGGUACCUUUUUAGAAACCUUUCACAAAAACAAAUGUCUGAAAAACAUAAACGUGCAACAAAAAAUGGCUCAAAAUUUCUUCACAAGACUGAGACUGCUGAAAGUUGCUGCUACUUGGGGUUUAUUCUACCAUCAGGAUGGGGAUCCCUGUGCAUCAAGGAGAACUGCAAAUGCUAAAAUAACUGUGAGGAGUUUGUUGGGUGUUGUCGUACACUUGUGCAUUUAAAUAUUUUUGGAACCGGGUUUAGACCAGAUUCUUUUUUAUUUCUAAUAUUCUGAAGUGUAAAACACAAAGACUGAAACAGAGCUUUCCCUCCUUUUACCGUAACUUUAAGUCUUUUUUUUUAGAGCCAUCAAACACAUGAUUCACUCCCUUGUUAAUCAAAUGUCUCUUAUUUGAGAAUGAUUUAUGAAGGAAAAUGUAUCCAUGAUCACUGGAAGAAGCAGAAAACUUGGCACGUGUAAAAGAACAUGACAAACUGUUCAGUCUGUUUUCAUGUUCUGUUUUUUUUUUUUUUUACCCCACCUGAGUCCAGUCGGACUUAUAAUGGACCUAUUGAGACAAAGACCAUGACAGUUCUAUACUGCAGACAGACUGAAUGCCAGAAAUCUUCAUUUCCUUUCAUUUUUACAGAGGCUUUACUGAUUUCAUUUUAUGUGCUUGGUUCAUGGCUUUUAACCUGUACUAUAUUUGAUUUCUGAUCCAUUCAUUGUGCAGUUUUGUCCUGAAUUUGUACAUUUCUUUUGUAAAAUUCUUACUCUGAUGAUUAUUUGUCAAGCAAAGUGCUGUUUAGAUCUGGCAAGGCCAUUUUCAUCGGUUGUUUAGUUGUUUGAAAUGUGGUUAACAGUAAAUAAAGGGACCAAAACAUUGAAAUGAA